CGGUCUACAGCAACAGAAGAACCUUGAGGGGUACGUGGGGUUUGCCAACCUUCCCAACCAAGUGUACAGAAAGUCUGUAAAGAGGGGCUUUGAGUUCACUCUCAUGGUCGUCGGGGAAUCGGGUUUGGGAAAGUCAACGCUGAUCAACUCCUUAUUCCUGACAGAUCUGUAUUCUCCAGAGUAUCCUGGACCUUCUCACAGAAUCAAGAAGACUGUUCAGGUGGAGCAGUCCAAGGUACUGAUAAAAGAAGGUGGAGUUCAGCUGCUUCUCACCAUCGUAGACACGCCGGGGUUCGGAGAUGCUGUGGAUAACAGUAACUGCUGGCAGCCCGUCACCGAUUACAUCGAUAGCAAGUUUGAGGAUUACCUUAAUGCAGAAUCGCGCGUCAACAGACGCCAGAUGCCCGACAGCAGAGUACAGUGCUGUCUUUACUUCAUCGCCCCCUCUGGACACGGACUCAAACCACUGGAUAUUGAGUUCAUGAAACGGUUACAUGAAAAAGUGAACAUCAUCCCACUCAUUGCUAAAGCAGACACACUGACUCCAGAAGAGUGCCAACAGUUCAAGAAGCAGAUUAUGAGAGAGAUCCAGGAACACAAGAUCAAAAUCUAUGAGUUCCCAGAGACGGAUGAUGAGGAGGAGAGCAAAAUAGUAAAGAGGAUUAAGGACCGUUUGCCUCUGGCUGUGGUUGGCAGUAACACCAUCAUCGAGGUCAACGGGAAGCGGGUUCGGGGGAGGCAGUACCCCUGGGGCGUGGCGGAAGUUGAGAACGGGGAGCACUGUGACUUUACAAUCCUUCGAAACAUGCUUAUAAGAACUCAUAUGCAGGACCUGAAGGACGUGACCAACAACGUCCAUUACGAGAACUACAGGAGUAGAAAACUGGCUGCUGUCACUUACAAUGGUGUGGACAACAACAAGAACAAAGGGCAACUCACAAAAUUUGACUCAGGUGACGGCAUGAGUCCUCUGGCACAGAUGGAGGAGGAGAGGAGAGACCACGUGACUAAGAUGAAGAAGAUGGAAAUGGAGAUGGAGCAGGUGUUCGAGAUGAAGGUUAAAGAGAAGAUCCAGAAACUUAGAGACUCGGAGGCAGAGCUCCAGCGACGUCAUGAGCAGAUGAAGAAGAAUCUGGAGGCCCAGCACAAAGAGUUGGAGGAAAAAAGACGUCAGUUUGAGGACGAAAAGGUCAACUGGGAGACCCAACAACGCCUGCUGGAGCAGCAGAAACUGGACGCUUCCAGGACCUUGGAGAAGAACAAAAAGAAAAAGAUCUUUUAAACCACCCGGACCAUCAACACAUCCUAGUUGCCAAUUGUACCAGCCUGGACCCUCAGUCGACCAAAAAAAUACAUUUAUAUACGUACAACCCCUUGCUUUUCUUUUGUUGUUUUUCACUGCUGGUGUUUGUGGAUCAGACCCACUGACCUGGAAACACAUCUGCCCAUUCUGUUCUCUUUCCACAUCUAAAAACAUCUGACAUUCAUGCAUCCAUUAGGGCCGGACUGCACAGAAACCGAGAGAUGUGUAGCUCGCGUAACAUAUGAAUGAAACUUACAAACAACUUCUUGGAGAUAUGCAAUAUUGUUUCAAAGAACGUCCACUUAAAAAACUGUACGGUAACUUUUAAUUCCCUUUCUGUGUCAGUUGUUUGCUAAAUGUUUUUAGUUCCAGAGGUCAGUUCCUCUUAACUGCAUAUUGAUUGACAGCAUCAAUAAGAACUAAAGGCUGAAUCUUACCUCAGGCAUUUGUUAUCAGACAACUUUGAGGCUUUUUUGCCCUUUUCAUAAUUGUUAAGCUCUUCCAGUUUUGUGUAAUUUAAAUUAUUUAGCCAUUCAUGCAACGUUUGACUAGUUACUGUUUUGUCAUGUUCAUUUUUGUUCUUUCAUAUAUCGGCGCAGCUCUCUGUUAGUUUAUAUCUUAAGUGGAAGUCAUUUACAGAGCCUUUAUAAACGUCACAUGAUAUGUUAACGGAUCCUCCUGUUGUGUUAGGAUUGUAAUGUGAUGAUGCAAAUGAGUCUAUUCUGAGAGUUGUGUACUGUAGGAGGAGACAUGACACAUUGUGAGGCUUUAAAGUGAUUUGUUAAUGUCCAAUGACCACUGGUUUGUUUUGUGUUUAUUUCUUAUAUUAAUUGAUACAGUGAGCUGCCAGUCUUGGCCAGUUUUCCUUUUUUUUUUUUUUGCUCCAUAUAGGCACUGAGUUUCUUUCCAGAGCUGCUCCCAUUUCCAAUACCACAACUAGCUUUCUGUCAUGUACUUUGCAGGUUCUUUUUUAUAAUUUGUCUCGCUUCAUUUUUUAUUAAGUCACAAAUAAACUUGUGAUGAUGCCACUUGAA